AUGCCAAGCACAGGCUUUCAAGUCUUCGAGUGCGACAAACUCCGUCUAGCCUAUAUUGGCCCUCGGCUGAACGAGAAGAUUCGGGCCAUUACGACGGUGGGCGAGACCGUCAUCACUGCCUUGAAGCUUGAUAUCGUCGUGUGGCAUCGUGUCACAGAGAUUGGACGCUUGCGUGGGCACCACAGCUCUGCGACUGUACUGUGUCCACUCGGGUCGAGUUUCCUCAUCUCUGCCGCUGGAAGCGAGGUGAUUGUGUGGCCCUUGACAGAGCUGGGAAGCGAGAAGGCUACUGCUGAGGAUGGCGUGGUCGCACCCCUUGGGCGCUUGAAUCUGGGGGAGUUUGGCGCGGUGACCUGUGUGCGCCACCCUCCAACCUACCUUCACAAGGUCUUGAUCGCUGGGGCGACUGGCGGCAUGGAGUUGUGGAACGUGCGCUCCCGAGAGCGCAUCCAUACUUUCAAGUCCCACCUUGGUCAGGCACAGCUUAGCGGAGCAGUCGGCAUCACAUCGAUGAUGGAAGCACCAAACGCACUCGACGUCGUGGCGGUAGGCUUCGCAAGCGGCCGCAUCUGCAUGAUGAACGUUCGCGAGGACCGAGUGCUCUUCGAGUUCAAUCAAGCCCAGGGUCGUGUUACCUGCCUGGCAUUCCGAUCCGACGACAGCGCAAAGCCCAACCUGGUCAGCGGGUGUUCCACCGGCGAGUUCGCAGUCUGGGACUUAGAGACGCGGAGGCUAGUGGAGCUGCACGAAAGAGCGCACAAGGGGCCGGUGAACUCUGCGGUCUUCCUGCCCAAAGAGCCACUUUUGCUCACCAGUGGAAGCGACAACGCGGUGCGCAUGUGGAUCUUCGACACUGCAGACGGCUUGGCGAGAUACCUGAAAGGUCGCUGCGGCUGCCCGGGUCCAGCCCGAAAGAUUCAGUUCUACGGCGAAGGUGACAAAGAGCUCCUCGUUGCCGGCGGCUUCCAGCGCAUGGGAUACUUGAGCAAGAUCUCCUUCAUCCAGGAUCAGCAGAAUCGAGAAUAUUCUCAAGCCUCUCUGAAGAAGAUCUCCGGGGGCAUCCAGCACAAGGACUGGCUGCCACCCGUGGUGGACAUGGCCGCAUGCCAGGUGCGCCACUUUGACUGGCCCUGCGUGGUAACGGCACACGACGGCCUCCCUUGCGCCGUCACAUGGUCGCCCUCACAUGCGGCUCUCGCACAAACAGCUCGAGGACCCACAGAAUCUACGACCCGAUGA